AUGACUGAUCAAGUAUCACCGGUAUACAAAGGUAUAAGAAAGAAGGACAAGGGUUUUGUCGACGUCACGAAGGGCAUCGACAUAGUUCAAGUGAAGGUUCACAGCGCGAAGGCCGGUCUCAGUCUGGAACGCGACAGAAGGGAAAAAGAAGGGGACUUAGGCACUGGUGGCUCAUCGGCGGCAGAGAAGAGCUUCGCGUGGGGUGGUGCUGCCGCUGCUGCACGUUCAGCUUGGUGGAGGGGGUGUUCGCGAUCACCACGGCGAGGUGAGCACGACUUCACGGACGGUGCAGGGUCCCUGAGCUUGGCGUCACGACUGCUCGUUCACGUCCCAUGGCUUGGCGCGGAGGACGUCGCGGCAAGGUGGGGCGCUGGGCGUGAAGGCGAGGGACAGGGUGCGUCGAGGUCGCCGUGCGAGGGUGGCACCGUUGGCGCGGCUGAUGCCGAGGUGCGCGCGCGGCUCGGCCGGGGCUCCCUGGACUCGUUCCAGAGGAGGUCGCGGCGUCGUGGCUCGGAGCAGAGGCACGACCGCGGCGUCGCGACGAGGUUGGGGCUGCGGUGGCGAGGACGACAUGGAGGCGAUGUCGCAGUGCUUGGGCUCGAAGGCGAGGACGGGGCCGUGGACGACGUCGCGUGCAGCUCGGCGUUGCGGCGGCUCGGCGUUGGCGUCGUGAACGCCGGUGGAGCAGAGGUGGUCGGGGUCCCCGCGCUCGGCGAGGGCGAGGCCGACGCAGCGUGGCUCGAUGGAGCACCGGGCGGCGUCGUGACGAGGAGGAGCUCGCGGUGCGGUGGUCGAUGGAGAGCUUUGUCGGGGGUCGCAGUUCGCGGACAGAGCGGCGUCCGCGGCAAGCUCGGAGCCGCGCUCGGCUCGGCGUCGCGGCGGCUCGGCAGCGGAUGCCGGGGACGGGGCUCGGCGCGGCCGGCGUCGGGGCUCGACGUCGGGGCAGGGGCUUCGAGGUGCUUGGCUCGGUGGACGGCAGCAGCUGCGCGAGGCCAGGAAUGGAGCAGAGGGCGGCGGCGGCCAUGGCUUUUAUAG